UCUGUGGUCAAAAAUAUGAGUCAAGCUCAUGCUCAAGUCAACAAUCAAGAUUCAAUUUCAAAGAAUUAAGAAAAGAAAAGAAAGUUCAAAGUACUAUUAGUACUUCACUUGUGUGAAUGUGAAUAUUUAUAUUUUAUAGCCAAUUUCUUUGUCAUAGAGUUGAAAUAUAGAAGUGGAACUACUGCUACUGAAUGCUACAUACAUUUCAAUAAAAUAAACAUGUGUUGCUGAGAUAAACUAAUCAAAAAGUUAAACAUAUAAUCUACUCUAAAAUGUCACGUCUUGAUAAUAUGGAUGCCUUAGAAAAGCAAUUAGCCGAAUUACAGAUGGCAAAAGAUCAAAGUUCACCUGGAAAAAUGAAAAAGAUACCACCAGCUGUGCCACCCAAAAAGAAGGCACAACCACAAGUUCCUCGCAGCGCUGCCGUCAGCACCUUACGUGAGCCUUCUUUUUCUACUAAAAUAUCUCCAAUACAAAACUUUGUGCCGCCGCCGCCGCCGCCUCCACCAACGUAUAGCAACGUACCGCGGCAUCCUAGUAAUAUUCAUCCAAUGCAUAAGGAUUACGCAAAUAUAACACAACUGUCACUUCAUAGCCAUCCAUUCAGACAGAACACAUCAAUGCCAACUAAAGGUUAUACCGCCAUGUACAGUAAUAAUCCACCCCCACCACCUCCUCCUCCAUUGCAUAUCACAGCUCCCAAGUCUUUUGAUUCGAAUCAUAAUGAAGAGUUUUUACCACCACCGUCACCGGUCAGCUCCAAUUAUAGUGAAUUAAUGAGAGCCACAGCCAAUCUGCCUUAUAAUCAAGACAGGCCAUCUUAUCCUGCCAUAUAUCAAAAUGAAUAUCCUGAGUAUGGAGUGUCACAAGCUUCAACAUAUGAAUCACUUUAUGAGCCUAUUAAUCCAACCCCAUCCAUAAAUAUGGGACAAACAAACAACAAUCAAACUUAUAAAAGCAACCUGAGACCUGCUGGUAAAUCUCCACUCCCCAAGGAAGAAGAGGUCGAUGCACUGACUAAUAUGCUCGUUCAGUCCAUAAGUGACAGUCAAGACUUAGACGUUUUUGGUACAUGUGUUAUAUGUGACCAAAGAGUUGUUGGUGAAAGUUCAGGAUGCACAGCAAUGGGGAAUGUGUAUCAUGUGACGUGUUUCUGUUGCCAUCAUUGCAAUAUGAAUUUGCAAGGCAAACCUUUUUAUGCUGUGGAAGGAAAUCCUUAUUGUGAGGUAGAUUAUUAUGAAACUUUGGAAAAAUGUUCAGUCUGCAAUGAUCCAAUUUUAGAUAGAAUUUUGAGAGCAACAGGCAAACCCUAUCACCCCACUUGUUUCACAUGUGUUGUUUGUGGGAAAAGUCUUGACGGUGUACCAUUUACGGUAGAUGCAAUGAAUCAAAUCCACUGCAUUGAAGACUUUCAUAAAAAGUUUGCACCACGCUGCUGUGUAUGUGAGUUGCCGAUUAUGCCUGAAGAGGGUGAAGAAGAAACUGUAAGAGUGGUCGCUUUAGACCGAAGUUUCCAUGUGCGUUGUUAUAAAUGUGAAGACUGUGGCCUAGUACUAUCUUCUGAAGCACAAGGCCGAGGAUGUUAUCCACUUGAUGAUCACAUUUUGUGUAAAGCUUGCAAUGCUCAUCGCAUACGUCUGCUUACCAAUGUAAUGACUACAGACCUAUAAAUUUAUAAACUUAUCACCACCCAGAUAAGACUUCUAUUUUUUUAGUUAUUGUUUUGACGUAAUAAUACUUUAUCAAUAUUACUUUUAUUUCUGCCAUUAAUUUAUUCCUAGUUUGUAAGUAUCAGUAAUGUAUUUAUCACUUAUUGUAUUGUAUAAAAUGUUCUAUUUUGGUAAGUCUUAUACAGUCUAAGUAAAGGUAUAUAGAGAUAUAUUAUAUUAAAUUAAGACUGACAUGGUGUAUGAACAUUGUUUGGAAAUCCAAAAUUGAUAAUAAUUUAAAUUGUGAUAUUAAAUAAAUAUUUAAAGUCAAUUAUGGAAUAACAUAAUAUAUUUACAUAAAAUAAAAUGUUACAGAGCAUUUAAAAUGCACUUUAUAAUCAUUAUUUUAGUAUUUAAGUGCUUAUGCAUGCAUUUGAUGGCAGCUGUAUUGAAUAUUUAUACAAUAAAUAUUUAAAAUAUACAA